CUAUUUUUACGCGCGGACACCGGACACCAGGCUGGGGCGGCGGCGGCGACGGCCGAGGCGGAGCCGGGCCGGGUCGGACGUCGGGGCCACACGACCGCCCGCGGGUCGCCGGGGCUGCGCGCGCCAUGGAGCCGCGGUGCCGGCCGCCGUGCGGCUGCUGCGAGCGGCUGGUGCUCAACGUGGCCGGGCUGCGCUUCGAGACGCGCGCGCGCACGCUGGGCCGCUUCCCGGACACGCUGCUCGGGGACCCGGCGCGCCGCGGCCGCUUCUACGACGGCGCGCGCCGCGAGUACUUCUUCGACCGGCACCGGCCCAGCUUCGACGCCGUGCUCUACUACUACCAGUCGGGCGGGCGGCUGCGGCGGCCGGCGCACGUGCCGCUCGACGUCUUCCUGGAGGAGGUGGCCUUCUACGGGCUGGGCGCCGCCGCCCUGGCGCGCCUGCGCGAGGACGAGGGCUGCCCCGCGCCGCCCGAGCGGCCGCUGCCCCGCCGCGCCUUCGCGCGCCAGCUCUGGCUGCUCUUCGAGUUCCCCGAGAGCUCGCAGGCCGCGCGCGUGCUGGCCGUCGUCUCCGUGCUCGUCAUCCUCGUCUCCAUCGUCGUCUUCUGCCUCGAGACGCUGCCCGACUUCCGCGACGACCGCGACAACCAUGAGCUGGCCGCGGCGGCCGCGGCGGGCCCGUUCCCUGCUCGGUUGAAUGGCUCCAGUCCAGUGCCUGGACCCCCGCCUCGCAUGCCCUUCGACGACCCCUUCUUUGUGGUAGAGACGCUAUGCAUCUGUUGGUUCUCCUUCGAGCUGCUGGUGCGCCUGGCAGUUUGCCCGAGCAAGACGGCAUUCUUCAAGAACGUGAUGAACAUCAUCGAUUUCGUGGCCAUCGUGCCCUACUUUGUGGCCCUGGGCACCGAGCUGGCUCGGCAGCGGGGAGUGGGCCAGCCGGCCAUGUCACUGGCCAUCCUGCGAGUCAUCCGGCUGGUGCGCGUCUUCCGAAUCUUCAAACUGUCCCGCCACUCCAAGGGCCUGCAGAUCUUGGGCCAGACGCUCCGGGCCUCCAUGCGUGAGCUGGGCCUCCUCAUUUUCUUCCUCUUCAUCGGCGUGGUCCUCUUCUCCAGCGCUGUCUACUUUGCUGAGGUCGACCGGGAAGACUCCCACUUCACCAGCAUCCCUGAGUCCUUCUGGUGGGCCGUGGUCACCAUGACCACCGUCGGCUAUGGAGACAUGGCGCCUGUCACCGUGGGUGGCAAGAUAGUGGGCUCUCUGUGCGCCAUCGCUGGCGUGCUGACCAUCUCCCUGCCUGUGCCGGUCAUCGUCUCCAACUUUAGCUACUUUUAUCACCGGGAGACGGAGGGCGAAGAGGCCGGGAUGUACAGCCAUGUGGACACACAGCCCUGUGGGCCACUGGAGGGCAAGGGCAAUGGGAGGUUGGUGGAUGGAGAGGUGCCUGAGCUUCCCCCCCCAAUCUGGGCCCCCCCGGGGAAACACAUGGUCACUGAAGUGUGAGGGACAGUGGGGGUCGGCCACACCUCACAUUUUGUUGGCGGGAGGGAAAGAGGGAAGGUAAAGUGGGGGGGAAGGGACUGGGUUUAGGAAGAACUAGGUUAAGUGGUCAUGAGUUGGGGAACACUGAGUCUUUGGGGUCUUGGGUUGUGUGGUGGGUAGCUCCUGGGGGUACCUUCUUAGGUGGCAGUGAACGGCAGCGCAUCAUGCUGAACUGAGGAAGAGACGCCAUUAGGCUGUCCUAGGCUUGUGGGGCCUCUUGGGGUAGCGCUGAGAGACACAGUCAGAUCACUAACUGCCCGCGUAGCUUUGUGAGUUCCCUAGGUCCAUGUUAGACUGGGUGGCGGUGAGUCUGAAUGAAUCUUGUCCAACUGCCUCGUGCAGGAGUCUGUGAUUUUGAGUUCCCUAAGGCCACGUGGGGGGCUAGUGCGGUGGUCCCCAUGGCACCGUCGGGACCUCCUGUGUGCUCAUGCAUGGUGGUGUGGAGUUGAGCCGAGGCAGGUUGGGAGUUGCGUGGCUUUGUGACUCUUCUAGGGCCAUGUUAUUUUAAGUCCUGUGAACUUGCCAGCCAUGUAGACAGACGAAGGUCAAAUGAUAGGAUGUGAGCUUCCUAGAUUCCAUUAGGGCAAGUUGGGUUGGAAUGUGUGACCUUUCAGGCUUCUGUGGGAUUGAAUCGUGUGGAGUCAUGUGUCUGGAAGCUUCUCGGGGCUACUGUGAGUUGGAGAACCGAGAGCGUCUCGUGGGGCCACGCUGACAAGAGUCACAUGGGGUUGUGUCAUUGUGAGUCCCGUCGGAAUGUUGGCUUGAGUCAGACUGUGUGUGUGGUGAGGGUCCCCGCUGGGUUGCUUUGUGCUUAGCAGUAGCUCCAGGACCCGAGGACGCCGCCCUGGGGAGGAGACAUGCUCCAGGGUGUCAUGUAUGGCGUUGUGGACUCCAGGAGACUCACGAGAAGGGGUGGGGCUGGGCUGUGUCCCCACCGAUUCGGUUGUUCAUGUGGAGAGGUCUUGGGAUGAACCCGGAAGGUGAGGAGGCUCCUUCCAUUUACCCGCUCCCCGCUUCGUUUUCCCUCCCACUCCCUCUGCGUCUUCCUCUUCAGCUUCCCUUUGGGCACGGAGGUCAGCGCGAGAAGGGAACGGGGAGAGGGGAGAAAACUAUACUCCGUCCAG